ACGUGCUUUGUUCUCCAUUACAUCUCCUGUGCUAACAGGCUCCGAAUGAACAAAUACAGCCAGCACUGGCACUCCAGCAGCCUGCAGGAGACUUAUCCUUUUUCCUGCCGCAUAUUCCAGAUCCAAAGAAAGGUAUCUCCAACAUACACCUGGGUGUUUCGGUCCAAUCGGGAGAUGCUGAUAAUCCUUGCAAGGGAGUCGUCAGUGGAGCGCUAUGUGUAGCCUUCGUCAAUUUCUUCUUAAAAUGAGGAGGCAAAAAUCUAGCCCAACUUCCCAGACUGUCCCCUCCGGGUUCUUAGUCCCCAGGCCCAGAGCUAAACAGUAAGCCCAAAGAAGUCUCACUCUGUUUCUGAUCGCUCUGCGAACGCGUGCACACCACUGGGCCUGGCCUUUGGGACCAGAACAGGUGCACACGGGAUUCCCAUCAAAGCCUCCUCUCCAGACCUAGAAAAACAACUGCCCGGCGGAAUCCGGGAGGGGCGUGCCGGCCCCUCCCUGGGCGGAGGCGCAGCCAGGCCUAGAAAACAGCGUCGGGUCGGGCCCCCGGCAGGGGUUAGGUCAUGGCUGACGCGUUGAGGGAGCGCACCGCGCAGCUACUGACUGACUACCUGGAGUACUGCGCCCGGGAGCCCGGCAGCCCCGCGCGGACGCCGUCCACGCCCGAGGCCGCGGUGCUGCGCUACCUGGCCGCCCAGAUACGGCAGCGCCACCAGCGUUUCUUGUCGGCUUACCGCGGCUAUCGCGGAAACCGCGUGGAACUGGUGGCGCGGUUGGAGCAGGAUUUACUCUCCAACCCCCAAAUCCUCAGUUGGGGCCAUGUGGUAGCGCUCUUGACCUUCGCGGGGACGCUGCUGGAGAGACCGCCGCCGGGGACCUACUUGAACCUGACGCUGGGCCAGCAACAGGAGCUGGAGCGGGAGACCAACGUUGGCCAGGACUGCCAGCACCUGGUGGCUUUGCUCUGCAAUCGGCUCACCGGACGGCAUCGCGCCUGGCUGGAGGCUCACGACGGCUGGGAUGGCUUUUGUCUCUUCUUCUCACCCAUGCUGCCAUCUUCUUGGAGAAGACUGUUGGUCCAGGCUCUUCUGUCAUGCUUUACAGUAAUGAUCUUAAUCUACUUCUGGAGAAGAUUAUCGUGAGUUCUAACAUUUUUAGCCCAUUCCUACCUGCCUAACUGUGACCAGCCAACUGAAUUUGAGAUGUGAGAGAAUAGAACAGAGUAAACCAUGCUCUGAGACAUUUUCACCUGCAUUUAUCUGAAGAGUCCUGUGGUGAUGACUCAGAGUUUUAACUCCUGGCAAGUAUCAGAGGUAUUAGGACAAAGGUACAAAUGGCUCUUCUUUGGGGGAAAUGGAUUCUCAAGGCUCAUUGCUCUAAAGAAUUGCGGAAGAAACUACAAAUUUUGUUUAGUAGGGAACAUGGUGCUUUUUGCUACAUUUGGAUAAGAGUGAAUAUGUGUCCACAAUUUCAUG